AUUUCGUGUUGGAAAGAAAGUUGUCUUUUAAGGAGCUUCGUAUCGUUUAAAGUGCAUGUUUGUGGGCACUGGAGCCCGCAGUGUGACGUCACCGAUAUGAUUCCCGCCCAGAGUAUGAGAUCAGCUAAAAGUUAAACGAGAGAGCUAGUGUUCGCUGCUGCUGAUUCAUAAUUUGGUCAUAAUAUAUAAAAUGGACUCAAAAUCAGCGGGAAACUGCGCGGGAGCAGUCGUAAUCUUCACCGGCAUCAUGUUCUUCGGAAUAGCAAGAUUGACCGUCGCUACAAAGUGCUACAAGUGUGAUUUCUGGCCAAUCAAUGGAACGGACGAGGGGUGUUUAUACCCGAAUGAUUUUUCAUCAGUAUGGAUGGACGGUAUCGAGAUUGUCGAGUGUGAACAUGCUUGUUUCGUAUCAAACAAUUCACUCGGCGGACCUGAGUCGAUACACAUCUCGCGUGGCUGCUACGAAGACGAAUACUGUCCCGAUAUCUGCCUGGUCGAUCCCCUCGAUGGGUGGGAGUCGUGUACGCACUGCUGCGACGACGACCUCUGCAACGAUCUCCUGCCCGAGGAGAACUUCGAGGACAGCACGUGGUGCUACGACUGCGGUAGCCACGACAUCGAUUGUGUGAACCCGUCGAUGGAGACGACUGUGAGGACGACGUGCGACACGGCCUGCGAGAUGAAUGUAUACAUCUCCGAACAAACGUCUGUAAUGCGAGGUUGCGCCCUGAGUGAAGACGAUUGCAACGAUUGUGAUGAUAAAGAGGAUUGCACGUUCUGCUGCGAGGGUUCGUUCUGUAAUGACGCACCUCCUGACGUCAUCGCACGGAAAUCCAACUUGACGCAAGACUGCUUCUCGUGUUAUUACAGCCCUGACGCAUUCGAAGUGCAGGACAGCAGAGCGUGUGGCACGGAGUUCGAUCCCAAUGGUGUGGGCGUCGAACUGGUGCAAUGUUCGGGGGUUUGCAAGAAAGUGGUAUCUGGCCAGUCGAUAGAACGAUCCUGUGUUCAUAACUUGGAGGACUGUCACGCAGGGUGUCGAAUAUUCGGCUCAUGCACGUACUGCUGCGAAGGAAACAAUUGUAAUACUGGACAUCACAGUAUACAUAUCAACAUUUUAUUACCAUUUUUGACAGCACUUUUUGUUUGCUUCAUGAUACAACGCCAUCGACAGUUAUUAUAACACAGAGUGAAUGGCCACUUAGCGCAUUUUGUAUUCCUUAUGUACUUUGAUAAUCGGCGUGUCGACGGACCUUAAUGAUAAAGAUAUUGUCACGCUUACCGACUGGAGAUGCGCAACUAUUAUUAGACGGGGAUGUUUGAAAUCAGGGCUUAUAUUUUCUUUUGAGAUGCGAUGUACGUUUCUGUAUUUUUGUGCCGUAAAGGGGAUGUUUUAGAAGUGUAGACAGUUAUUACUCAGCAUUUCAACGGAACAAAAUGCAACGGAACCAUAAUUAUGGAACAAUAGCUUAUUGACUCCCCGGUUGGCUCCACAGCGGUUAAUUCUGGUCACGUGAGACGACGUUCCGGAAGUGGCGACGGACAAGGUGGAAACCGGUUGGGCGCACUGGCAACGUUGAACGAACGUAGACUGUACAGAGUUGUCUUCUUAUCUUCUUUUCUAUCAGUAGGAGUAGGACUAUAUGCUUCAGUCGUCGCCACAUACUUGCCAUCAGUUUCUUUGAUUUAUAACAGCAGGAGUUAAACAUAUAAAUAAUAUUCUCCGGUGUCAAGUGUUACGUUGGUCAUUAGGGUUCAGCAGUUUCAAAGAAAAUGCCCCGACUACUGAUUUAUAUUUAUGAUGGGUUGCAGGAAAAAAAAGAUACAUAUUGGGAUGAAAAUACAAUAUCUCUAAGACUGUGUAUAUAUAUGAAAGUAUUUUUGCAAUUAAUUUGUGAUCAACGAAAUGGUCUUAUGUUUUGUUAGUCAUAGUAGCUAGCUGCUUGCACUGAAUGAUUUGUAUUGCAUCCGGUUGAUAAUACAAUAAUAGUGCUUUCUAGCUGAGAUGUAAAUGUACAUGACAAACAUUUUAUCUUCCCAUGCAGGUGGUGUGUAAUUAGGAAAACAUCAGACAAGA